AUGAACUCCGUCAUCUGUGUCAGCUCCGUUAUCUGUGUCAGCUCCGUUAGCUGUGUCAGCCCUGUUAUCUGUGUCAGCUCUGUCAUCUGUGUCAGCCCUGUUAUCUGUGUCAGCCCUGUUAUCUGUGUCAGCCCUGUUAUCUGUGUCAGCUCCAUUAUCUGUGUCAGCCCCGUUAUCUGUGUCAGCUCUGUUAUCUGUGUCAGCCCUGUUAUCUGUGUCAGCUCCGUUAUCUGUGUCAGCUCCUGGAUCAAUAUUGUUCUAAUUAUAGACGUAGCACUUGAGUCCUGCAGCAGUAGUGAGUCCUGCAGCAGUGAGUCCUGCAACAGUGAGUCCUGCAGCAGUGAGUCCUGCAGUAGUGAGUCCUGCAACAGUGAGUCCAGCAACAGUGAGUCCUGCAACAGUGAGUCCUGCAGCAGUGUGUCCUGCAACAGUGAGUCCUGCAGCAGUGAGUCCAGCAACAGUGAGUCCAGAAACAGUGAGUCCUGCAGCAGUGAGUCCUGCAACAGUGAGUCCUGCAGCAGUGAGUCCUGCAACAGUGAGUCCUGCAACAGUGAGUCCUGCAACAGUGAGUCCUGCAGCAGUGAGUCCUGCAGCAGUGAGUCCUGCAACAGUGUGUCCUGCAACAGUGAGUCCUGCAGCAACAGUGAGUCCUGCAGCAGUGAGUCCUGCAACAGUGAGUCCUGCAACAGUGAGUCCUGCAGCAGUGAGUCCUGCAACAGUGAGUCCUGCAGCAGUGAGUCCUGCAACAGUGACAGUGUCCUGCAACAUGAGUCCUGCAACAGUGAGUCCUGCAGCAGUGAGUCCUGCAACAGUGAGUCCUGCAACAGUGAGUCCUGCAACAGUGAGUCCUGCAGCAGUGUGUCCUGCAGCAGUGAGUCCUGCAGCAGUGUGUCCUGCAGCAGUGAGUCCUGCAACAGUGAGUCCUGCAGUAGUGAGUCCUGCAACAGUGAGUCCUGCAACAGUGAGUCCUGCAACAGUGAGUCCUGCAGCAGUGUGUCCUGCAACAGUGAGUCCUGCAGCAGUGAGUCCAGAAACAGUGAGUCCAGCAACAGUGAGUCCUGCAGCAGUGAGUCCUGCAACAGUGAGUCCUGCAGCAGUGAGUCCUGCAACAGUGAGUCCUGCAGCAGUGAGUCCUGCAGCAGUGAGUCCUGCAGCAGUGAGUCCUGCAGCAGUGAGUCCUGCAACCGUGAGACCUGCAACAGCAGUGAGUCCUGCAGCAGUGAGUCCUGCAACAGUGAGUCCUGCAGCAGUGAGUCCUGCAACAGUGAGUCCUGCAGCAGUGAGACCUAA